AUGGAAGACGAAAACAAUGGCAGUUGGGGUUUAGAACUAUCCGAGGCGACAGCAGAUCCCAGCAUAUCAAUGAUCGCGGAAGAUGUACCUACGUUGACGGUGGCUACAAUACUUGGCAUAACAGCUUUGAUCGUUAUAGCUAUUGUUAUCGUUUUCGUUCUAGGAAUAUUAAUCGAUUGCCGACAGCAGCGGAUUCUCGAUAGAAAAAUUGGACAGAUGAAGCGUAAACGCAAUCAGAAGAGGGGUGCCAAUCCGCAGGGUGAUGUAAUAAGAAUAGCUGAUAAUAUGGAGGAAUCGUCUAGAACUCCUGCACCUGCUGAAAUCCUUCGUGAAAUCCCUUGA